AGCUGGCCUGGGUCACUCAGAGAAGUUGAAAUCUUUGUGAAGAAGCCAAAGUUAAUCCGGACUCCUCCGGAAAAAGGAGAGACUGUGCACCCAGGAAAAGAAAGGAUGAACUCGGUCGAUCUUACUGGGGAUGAAGAAGAGGUGGAGGAUAUACCAAGUACGAGAAAGGAUUCGUGGACUGGGGGCAGCAAGGCUAACGAAGGCACAGCUGAUGUAACCAUUGAGGAAAAGAUGGACUUCUGCCUUGAGGCGAUGUCCAAAAUGAUCGAGACAAUUAUUGACCAUAAUUCUGCCAUAAAGAGCUUCAUGCAAAGAAGUAGAUAUGUUGCGCCUAAAAUGCGUGACACCUACAUAACAAUGGGUAGCUACCUAGAAAGAUUUGCGGAGUCAAUAGAUCAGAUGCGAUGUUUUCAUACGGAGUACAGGAAAACAAAAAGAAAUAGAGAAAGAGAAAUGCAGCCACUUACCUACACUGGUACGCCGAUCCCUGAAAUGGCACCAGAUGAUGAUGGACCUGCAAAAAAUAAGAGACAAAAUUACAAAUGUGCUGCUACCCAAACGGUAGAGGCGAUAGAAGAGCAAUUUCCGCCCUUACCGACUGUGAGGAACAAAAGGAAGGAGAUCACUCCCCCCACACAGAAUGCGGAGAAAAAAUCUCGAAGGCAAACCAUUUAUGGCGCCCCGCGAAGAGAAAAGCCUGAUAGCGAGAGUAUAGUGAUGGAUACUCCCAGAUCCGACACCAUGACGGACUCAGAAUGGGAAACGGUACAGCCUAGAAAAAGAAAGAAUGAUGUAGAAAAGCAGCGGAUCGGAACUAAUGAAAACUACUUACAGGCGGCUUUGAAUAAAAAUAAUGCUAACAAGCUAGAGAAGCGAAAAACACCAAGUAAGAGACCCGUAAGGCCACAAGCAAUCGCAGUGAGAUUUGGGAAGGAAGCCUCUUUCGCGGAAGUACUGAAAAAAGUCAAGAUGGUCGCUGGCUCUGCUCCAGAGGGAGUGAAAUCAGUGAAGCAGUCCCGGGCUGGCAACCUGUUAAUAGAGUUUGCACCGGAUGCUGAUCUGGACGGCUUUAGGAAAAUCAUCGACGGUAAGCUUGGCCCUGACAUUGAGGUAGCACGUCUGCAACAGAGAAUGGACGUCGAACUAAAGGGCAUUGACCCCUCAGCAGACAGAGAGGAGGUAUUAGAGGCGGUUAAACGAGAAUUAGGAGACGUCACGGAUGUACAGUUAAAAAUUCUAAGAGCAGACCCUAGAUUAAACAAGGUGGCCAUUAUGGAGGGCCCCGCUGUGAAAAUGGCCAGAUUAGUUAGGAAGGCCAAAAUAAAAAUUGGAUGGACGGUUGCCUUUGUGAAGGAAGUCCCCCGACUCCUUCGAUGCUAUCGAUGCCACGAUUUUGUGGUAAUCCGGACCACCAGAUGCGUGAGUGUACAGCUGAGCCUAGAUGCAGACUUUGCCUUGCGGACAACCUCCCUGAAGCAGACCUGAGGCAUGUAGCGGCCUCGGUUAAGUGCCGAAAAUAUAAGGAGGCCUUAAGACUCAAAGGGCAAAAUUAAUAUCUUACAGAUCAAUGCGAACCAUUG